AUGGACAAAGCAACAGGCAUCUUCAAGAAUGGAUGGCACCCAGAGAAGAAAGAAAGCUGGCGUGGCGACAACAAAGGCCUUAACCAAGUGGCAGGAUGGAUGGGCAAAGGGAAGCAAGGAGGCUCGAGCGCAUCCGCAUUAGAGCGCGCCAACAAUCAUCAAUCUGCUCCACUAUCAACCCUCAAGGAUCCUUCGUCGUUCGGUCCUCCGCCAAAGCACCAACACUACCACGGUGCUGCUGCUGCUCAAGAUAAUACUACACCAGAUAGGAAUGGAUGGGGAGCACCCGUGCCCCCGAGUACGAUACAGGCACAGCAAGAAGAGCAAAGGAGGCAAGAGACAAAUUCAAAUAAACCCAAACCACCACCAAGACCCUAUCAGAGAGAUACUACCGGAUUGAGCACAGUGCAUCUACCAAAACCUCCAAAAUUUGGUGAACCUGCUACAGCUUCGACUCAGAAUGCGGUAACAAAACCAAAACCGCCGAGCCUACCUGCUCGCCCGCCCCUACCUCCUCGACAGAACAGUAAUCCAGACGAAUUCACACCUGCACCACCUCCAUCGUACACAGCAGCGACCGCAAAAUUAACCCCACCAGCCCCUGUAGAACCAUACCUAAACCAAGGAGCCCUGAACAGACUCGGGAAAGCGGGUGUGAGUGUACAAGGCUUCAACAUUGGACGAAAUGUCUCUCCUCCCUCAACAAUCCCAGCCUCCGCAUCUUCAGAUGCACCGCAGUCAACCCCUGGCCGCGGUCCACAACUUAAUGAACUUUCAUCACGCUUCUCAAAGAUGACUACUUCGCCGAGCCCGACUGCCGGAAGUUCACAAGGCACUACAUUCGCCGAGAAACAAGCAGCCGUCAGAACAGCAAAUGCAUUUCGGAACGACCCUUCAUCUGUGUCCUUCUCUGACGCACGAAGCGCGGCUUCAACGGCAAACAAUGUCCGCGAAAGACACGGUGAGCAGAUUGCUGCGGGGUGGAAGACUGCAAACGGACUGAACCAGAAGUACGGGGUCAUGAACAGGGUCAAUGGGAUGACAGGAAGAGAGUCUGGAUCAUCGUCUGCGCAGGCUGGUGUGUUGCCUGAGGCAUCGUCUAUUACGGCAGGCAUUGGGAAGAAAGCACCUCCUCCACCACCAAAGAAGAAGGAACUUGGGGGCGCCCCGCCGCCGGUGCCGUUGAGUAGUAAGCCAAAACCGCAGGGGUGA